GGCGGCUGUCGCCGGGGCUGGGGCAGGGCGAGGCGGAGAGGGACGGGGCAGAGGAGUGUAGUGUCGGUAGAGGAGAAGAAGAAGAAGCGGCCGUGAGAAGCCGUGCGCUGGGAAGGGGCCGCCGAGCGAGUGGAGCAAGCCCCGGGCCUCCCGCAGCCGCGGCCGCUGCGGAGCGCUCUGCCUGCGGCCCCAACAUGGACGAAGAGGGCGGCGGAGGUGGCGGCGUGCCUGAUGACCUCUCCAUAGAGGAAAGAGAAGAGCUUUUAAAUAUUCGUCGCAGGAAAAAAGAACUGAUUGAUGAUAUUGAGAGAUUAAAAUUUGAAAUUGCCGAGGUUAUGACAGAAAUUGAUAAUUUGACAAGCGUGGAAGAAAGCAAAACUACACAAAGAAAUAAGCAAAUAGCCAUGGGAAGGAAGAAAUUCAACAUGGACCCUAAGAAGGGAAUACAGUUUCUGAUAGAGAAUGACCUCCUGCAGAACACUGCAGAAGACAUUGCACAGUUCCUUUAUAAAGGAGAAGGAUUAAAUAAAACGGUAAUUGGAGAUUACCUCGGUGAAAGAGAUGAAUUUAAUAUUAAAGUUCUUCAGGCUUUUGUUGAACUCCAUGAGUUCGCUGAUCUCAAUCUUGUACAAGCCUUAAGGCAGUUUCUGUGGAGUUUCAGACUCCCAGGAGAGGCUCAAAAAAUUGAUCGUAUGAUGGAAGCUUUUGCUUCACGCUAUUGCCUUUGUAACCCAGGAGUCUUCCAGUCUACAGAUACAUGCUAUGUGCUUUCAUUUGCGAUCAUUAUGUUAAAUACCAGUCUGCACAACCACAAUGUAAGAGAUAAACCAACAGUGGAGAGAUUUAUUUCUAUGAAUCGUGGAAUUAAUGAAGGUGGAGACCUUCCAGAAGAAUUACUACGGAAUUUAUACGAGAGUAUUAAGAAUGAGCCAUUUAAAAUUCCAGAGGAUGAUGGGAAUGAUCUAACGCAUACAUUUUUUAAUCCAGAUAGAGAAGGUUGGCUGCUGAAAUUAGGGGGAAGAGUGAAAACGUGGAAACGGAGGUGGUUUAUUCUGACUGAUAAUUGCCUAUAUUACUUUGAAUACACAACAGACAAAGAACCUAGAGGAAUUAUUCCACUAGAAAACCUUAGCAUAAGAGAAGUUGAAGACCCUCGAAAACCAAACUGCUUUGAGCUCUAUAACCCUAGUCAUAAAGGUCAAGUAAUUAAAGCAUGUAAAACUGAAGCUGAUGGGAGAGUGGUGGAAGGCAACCAUGUGGUGUACAGAAUAUCUGCUCCCACUCCAGAAGAAAAGGAAGAGUGGAUCAAAUCUAUCAAAGCAAGUAUCAGCAGGGAUCCCUUCUAUGAUAUGCUGGCAACGAGGAAAAGAAGAAUUGCAAAUAAGAAAUAGAGUAUGAUCAGCAACUUUUAUACCUGCACCAACCUAUAAAUGAGCAUACAGCUGAGUGAUAAUGUAAAACUUGGACAAACUAAAUGAAGAUGAUGACUGUACAUUUUAUAUAGACACACUUUAUUAUGACAUAAAAACGUGGCAAGACCUUUCAGGGUAAAUGGUUAUUGGCAUAUAGUUUGAAGUAAGCUUCAAAUCCCAGAGGAUGAUUACAUUGGAACUUAAUACAACUAAAAACAUGGAAGCCUUGUUUUGACUUGCGUUAGUUACAACUCCAGUUUUAUGUAGGCUGAGGGGAAAAGGAAUUCAAGGAUAAUAAUAUAAUGUCCUAACGUGGUUAUUUGAAUGCAUCUCUCAUAAAAGGAGUGAUUACAAGACUUGCAUCUCUCACUGAAAUGCAGCACCAAAAGUAAAGUGCAGGGUAACCUAGCACUUAAUUUUUCUGUAAGCAGAAAACCCACAGUCUCAAUAUCUGCUUUCAGAUCUUGUGUGCUUUGGGCAGCUGAGUGCAGCUUUCCUUCGGGACUGGCUCUCCCACCCUUAUGGAAAUAGCUUUUCUUCUUCACAAAUGCAACUUGGCAGGAGACUGGCAGCUAUGUAGUUCACCAGUUGUGCCAAAGGAUUUGGUUGAUAUGCACUGAAAUGUACGCGGGUCCCCACAGCAAAGGUUUGGGGCUGUAGACGUGACACUAAGCGCAGAUGUGGUUUGGUGUUUGCCAGUGGGCCAAACCUCAUUCCUUCUGCUCAUACACUCACAAGAAGCAGUAAGAUUUAAUGACUGGUUUCGUUUGCUUUUUAUAUGGUAACAUCCUCAUGUUUUAGAUAUGUUGUAGUUUAAUUAACACUAAGUUGCCACUAAAGGAGUUAGAUGACAGGGCUUGCGUGAGUUUAGGCUUUGCUUGUGAAAACACCCCCAAAUAAUUUCACAUGCUUUUCAUGUUUUUAAAGGAAAAAAGAAAGCAAAGUGAAGUCUUUCUGUAAGAAGCAGCUGUAGGGAGCUGAGCAAUCAGGAUCCAGUCCUUUGCUUGAUGGCAGCCUGUGGACAUACAGAAAGGUUCAGUGUUCUUAUUGCAUUCUUAAAGGCGAUUUUUCAGAUCCGUGCUUCAGCAGUUGAAAUGGAAAACAUGACUAGGCAUCCUUUACUUAGGAAAUAAAAUCCUACACCUGGGUUACCUGCUGCAACUAAACUCCCCCACAAGCAGGUCUUUUUAUCUUUUCAUUUUGUAAUUUGUGAGAGGUCCCUCAGCAGCCCUGCCCAUGGCCUGUCAGUAACACCUAAGCUGCCCGGGCAGAUUGUACUGCACCCCUUUGCUUUUGAUGGUGUCUAUACCAUUUUUAAGGUAAAGAUCUCCACAGCUGGGGAGACUGCUUCUGUUAGUGUUUCAUUUUUCACAAACUUAUUGAACCUGACCCGUGCCUACUGUGCCAAGGAAUGCUUUGGAGACCCAAUACUUUGUCAAAGCAGUUUUGCCUGUUGAGUUGCAGAAGCAGCUCUUGGAUACGUUAUAGGGAAAUGUGCCACACUGGCACAACCACAGACUUACUACUUAGUUGAUCUGUUUCAAAUCUCCUUUUAACUGUAAAGGAGAGUCUGUUUUGUUAUUCCUGUCUUUCUGAUUUGCCUUGUUUUGCAUGGGGUGCCAGUCUGUGAAUGUUUUUGGUUUAUUGCAUGUUUGCAAGAAAUGGCUGAGAGGAAAAGAGCAAAGUAACCUUUUUUACACCUCAGAUUUCCCCCAGAGUGUGUGGAAUUACAGCCUGCUUGGAUUAAUGUUCAAACACGAGUACUUCCAAAAGAGUAAAACUCAACUGAAAGAAGUGGAAUCCUUAAAUAAGUGUCAGUGUGGGGACAUCUUUGCUUAAUGGAACACAUUUAAACCCUUCAUAGAAAGGAUGCAAGUUGUAUGUCCUGUGUUUGACAGCAGCUCUAUAACGGUGCUGCUUUGCCUCACCUAUUUCGAAUCUUCUGUUCCACAGCUUCAAGUUUUGUUUUCAAGCAAUCCUUACAUCAGUUUUAGCUUUGGGCAAGUAGAUUUGUAGUGCAAAUAGUGGUAAGGCAGAAUCAGUGGUACUAAUGAAUGUAAAGGUGAAAAGCAGCAAAUAAAGUAUUUCUGGGAAAUGUGAGAUUACAAAAAGCAUUAAUAAGCCAUGAAGCACUUUUGUAUCAAUUCUUAUCUUCUGAAAUAUCACCUUCAAGAAAAAUCUAUUUAUUUAACCAGGUGAGGAUGUGUGCCUCUAAGCAUGAAGGAAAUGCCUUGAGAGUUCAUUUGCUGUAUUUAGUUUGAAGUUCUUAUAUCCAUCGGAAAUAAUUAUUUAGAGUUACAUGUAACUGAGGAUAUUAUAGCAGGACGUAUUUCUUAGCAUUAAAAUGCAACAUCCUAAACAGCUAUUCGUGGUGCUCAAUAUAUCUUAUUUAAUUACCAAAGCUAAUGGAAUUGCGUUCUUGUGUGUUGAUAAUGUUUGAUUUCAGAUGUUCUUUGUAACAGUAUUAACAGGGAGUGAAACUGGCCUAAAAUUUCCAGCAGCCAUGAGGCCAGUAAAACAAAGUGGCUUGUGAAAAUUUUGGCCAAAUCAGGUACUAUCCAUGAGGGUGAAGAAAAAAAUCUCCCGACCUUUCCCUUUUUUAUUGGGCUUCAAGUCCAGGGGUAGCUACGAAGAGCAGCUGCUCGGUGGCCUAAAGCAGCGCCUCUUACGGUUUGGCCAUGCUGAGGAAGAGCCCUCUGGGGACAGCAGCAUCUCCCUCCCCUGUCACACUGACACUGGCAUCGUCGUUCAGCUCCUUGUUUUUAACAUUGCCCUUUGCAAGGACGGGGGCCAGCGAGAGCCACUGCUGCACCUGCCAUGACGGUGGCUUUGCUGUGUGUGAAGCCCUUGGCCACUACCAUCAGCCAGGUUGCCAGUGCACUCUGGGGAGGGAGCUGUGUGUAAUUGUUAAGCUCAGCUGGACUGACUUAAAAUUUUACAACGUUCUGACAAAAUAAGCUCUGCGUCACUUCACAUUUAGAACGGUUUUAAACUGGUACAAAACGGAACCUUUGUAAACUGAGCAGCAUUUAUAAUGCUUCCUAUAUAAAAACAAUGCAUAUUUUUAAGAGUUAUUACAUAUCUAUGUAGAUAUGCUUGCUGGAAAAGCUAGGUCUGUUGUAGACCACAGGCUACAAAUUAAGACUUGUGGCUUUACCAGUUUCAUUUCUAUAUUUUCUUGGAAAAUGUUUCUAGCUAGAGUUUAAAUAUAAAAUGUAAAUACUGUACAGAUAUGUAUUGAUCUAAGUAUUACUUGGUGUACACAAGUGAUUUGCAUGACAUACUCUGUAUCAAUCAUUGUUUAAAAUGUGAUGUUCCAUGUAAAUCCACUGCAACAUUAAUGUUUUCAUUUAUCAUUAAGACUUGUGGCUUCCAUCUGGAGAUUUUCUCAAAAAUAAAGCGUGAAACUCUA